AUGGACACGCUGCACAUUCCUCUCUUCCUGGACGACGACUCCAAAUGGCAGGCCGUCCAGUCACGCGAUGCCGCAGCCGAUGGCUUCUUUGUCUACGGAGUCCGGACCACAAAAGUCUUCUGUCGACCAAUCUGCAAGGCUAGGCUAGCUCGCCGCGCAAAUGUACGCUUCUACGCUACGGGGGACGAAGCCAAAGAGAACGGCUUCAGGGCGUGCAAGCGAUGCAAGCCCGAGGUGCUGGGCUUGAUGCCCGAGGAGCAAGCGGUGCAGAAGAUCCGGGCGUUUGUGCGGCAUCGCCAGGCUGCCAGCGGCGGAGACCAAGAUGUGGGCGACAUGAGGAUGAGCCUGAGCCAGAUGGCCAAGAAGACGGGCCUUUCAAAGUGGCAUUUCCAUCGCGUUUUCAAGAAGUGCGUUGGCAUCACCCCCGUGGAGUACCUCAGGAUGCUGCGAGAUGAUGCCGUCAGCCUCAGUCCUGGAGCCGAGAGCGAGGGAGGACUGAGCUGGACUGAUCAGCUGGGUCUGGUCAACAUCGACAUGGACUUUGACUUUGGAUUCCUCAACGAUCCGGGGGCCCUGGACGCAGUCCCGAGCGCCGAUGACGCAGCAGCAGCAACCUCGCAGAGCGACUGCUCGCUAUUUACAUUUGACGAUCUCCUAGCUUGGCCCGAGAGCAUUGGAAAUGAGUAA